AUGACUUCAGAACAAGAGGACAUUGACGAAUUCAAUGCGUUGUUCUCCGGCGGUGUUUUUGAUAAACCGCUCGCGUCACCACGUUCGAAUAACUCCUCACCAGCAUAUGGAAGACGAAACAAGCCUACCGUCCCGCGGCGAGCCGAUGCUUAUGGCGGCGAAGGCUACGAGUCGGAUGCUUCUGCAACUAGUGAGGGUACAAUAAACGAAGACACUGAGGGAUGCUCAUCCUCAAGUCCCAUCAAGCGUUUUUUCAACGAGGAUGAUGCUGUGGGCGGCCAGCUCAGUGCGAUCCCGAAGAUGAAUCAAUUGUCGAGUUCUGCGACGCAGAUUGUUCAACAGUUAAUAUACCAAGACGAGUUGAUCAAUGAAGCUUUAAAGCUUAUCAACAGGGUUACUGCCACCUACAGAAAGAUCAGGGGUUACCGCGAGUACCUGGAGGAAUACUACACAGCCGUCGACCCUGAGCAAGGCAUUAAAAUCAAAAAGUUCCUCAGUGAACUGCAGCAGGAGUUUAUGGCCAGCGAACGUUGUUUGAAAAGCAACGAAGCGCUUCGCACGGUUCUACUCGCGGACCUCGAAGAAUUCAAAAAGCUGGCAGUUCGCUCACGAAAAUCGACUGAAGAUUUAAAGAAGAUUGUCUCCCAACAGCCCGUCAAAACCGAUUAUAACGAAGUGGUGGAACAAAGACAAUCUGUGCAAAAGUAUCGCGAGGCUGCGGAAAUGUUCCAAGAGAUCAUGGAUGCUGGCGACGGGAUGAAAAGAACUUAUCUGGAAACAUUGGGAGAAAAUAACGCUAUUAUCGACGGGUUGAAGGAGUCGAUUUCGGGCAAUCAACGAUUAUAUUUCGACAAGAUUAGCGAUGUGGCUAAGAAAUUGUUUAUGGCGAAAGUAACGGAAUUCCAGGAAUUGUCGGCGCUCGAAUCGCAGCUGGAAGAAGCGGUAGAAGCCGGUCAAUUAGCGGGCAAGAUCAUAAUCCCGAAAAACGGAGCACCAUUCGAUGAAGAGCUCGACACGUCCGUGAUUCUGAAUUUGAAUGCAUCGACGGGCUCUGAAUCAAGCCAC